AUGUCCGACCAACAACAUACCGCUCAACUGUCCCCUAUCCAUGCAUUUCUUACAACGAGGCCACAGACCGCGCUUUCCAGACUGUAUACACGACCCAGCGCCUGUCUUGCGGUUUUCAGAUUACUGGAUGAUGUCGCGCGACAGAUCGUGAUGAGCCUGUUAUGGCUUGACAGUAAAACGGGAGUGGAUCUCACUGCUUGGGUCGUACCGAAUGAGGAUUCCAGAAAGCACUACGCUGCUGCUCUGCAAGACCUUGUUCGACUGCACAUUGCGAAAGAGGCCAAUGGACGCAUCUUGUUGUUACCCGCCUUUCAGUCUGGACUUCGUCGAGCAUUAACUGGAGGGGGAGAGCACCGAAGCUUUGGUGUUCCCUGUCCUGGCGCUCGAGGGAAGGAGGUGAUGGCGACCGAACAAUUAGAUGACUACGCAUCGGAGAGAUGGGAGAGCAUAUUGCAUUUCAUGGUUUCUUCGGGAUCAUCUGCUGGCCGGGUUCCACCGCCCUCGAUCGCUGUGAUAUUUCUCCUUCGCAGGAGCGGCCUCAUGGUUCCGAUUGGCGCAGAGCGGCAUCCAGAAUCUCGAAUAACGAGUAAGGGCUUCCAGUUCCUUCUAGAAGACUCGCACACGCAGCUGUGGGAAUUGUUGUUGCAGUAUCUAGCUAUGAGCGAGGACCAAGGACGCGAUCUGGUGGAGGUCAUUGGGUUUCUUUUCAUGCUCGGCAGUAUGCAACUUGGUCAAGAAUACUCGACGGAGAAUCUGUCGGAGACGCAGGACGUCAUGCUACAGGACUUCCUGGACUAUGGUUUAAUAUAUCGACGAAAUCCUGACGACCACACGCGGUUCUAUCCCACAAGGCUAGCCACGACUCUUACGUCAACCUCAAGUCUUGCGUUCACGAGCAGCAAACAUGAGAAAGCAGCUUCGUCGGAAGGUUUCAUCAUUCUGGAGACAAACUAUCGCGUGUAUGCGUACACCGAAAACCCUCUUCAGAUCGCCGUCCUCAAUCUUUUCGUCGCAUUACACAGUCGGUUCGAGAACCUUGUUAUUGGUCGACUGACGCGGGAGAGCAUCAAAGCGGCCUUGGCAAAUGGGAUCACCGCUGAUCAGAUAAUCAGCUAUCUCACUGUUCAUGCGCAUCCGAUGAUGCACAAAAAUAAUCCUGUUCUUCCUGUCACAGUGCAGGACCAAAUUCGGCUUUGGCAGCUCGAGAAAAACCGACUGAAGUCCGAGAAUGGAUACCUUUACGAAGACUUCAAUUCGCAAGGCGACUUUGACCUAGUACUUAACUAUGCCAAGCAGUUGGAUGUGGUACUGUGGGAGAAUCGCGAAAAAAGAAAGAUGUUUGUACGAGAAGACGGUCAUGAAAACGUCCGCGAGUUCAUUCGGCGCAGAGCCGAGUCGUAA